CUCUCUCUCACCAUUUUCGUUUGCUCUUUUUUUCUUUAGUAACGCAUUUGUGCUUCUCUUUAGAUGGUUUAAUCGAAGUGAUGGGCAGUUUUUUAUAUGGAAAAUUAUUUGCUUAUUUAUAUCCUAAUUUAAUGUGGUAUAGAAUAUAAAGCUGGGUUCAAUCUUUUACUGGGUUACUAUAGGAUUUAAUGAAAUGAACUCAGAAAUGGAAAACAAAAUAUGGGUUUUAGUUUAAAAUGCUUAGAGAUAAUGAUUGGGUAUUUAUAACGUUUUUGAAUUAGAUUCUCUAGUGGUUUAAUCAUUGAGGUCUUUGAAGCUAUCAUUUGAAGCUGAUUUGAGUUUCGAGUGUUAAUGAAUCAUAGUUAUGUAAUACAUAGUUUUGAUUCAACUGUAUCGGUCUUUGCUUUGAUAGAAAUCGUGUGGUGGCGAUGAUACGGAUAUUUACUCGCAUAUGAAUCAUGGUUAUGUAAUAUGUAGUCUUAAUUUGCUCAUUUGAUCCUUGCCCCGAGAGAAAUGGUGUGACGGCGGUGAUAAGGGAUUAUUACUUGUGUAUGAAUCAUGGUUAUGUAAUAUGUAGUCUUGAUUUGAUCAUUUGAUCCUCGCCUUAAGAGCAAUUGUGUGAUGGCGAUGAUAUGGGAUAUUUACUUGUAUAUGAAUCACGGUUAUGUAAUAUGUAGUCUUAAUUUGCUCAUUCGAUCCUUGCCUCGAGAGAAAUUGUGUGACAGCCUUGAUAAGGGCUUAUUACUUGUAUAUGAAUCAUGGUUAUGUAAUAUGUAGUCUUAAUUUGAUCAUUUGAUCCUUGCCUCAAGAGAAAUCGUGUGACGGCAGUGAUACGGGAUAAUUACUUCUAUAUGAGUCAUGGUUAUGUAAUGUAGUUUUAAUUUGAUGAUAUCGACCCUUGCGUUGAGAGAUAUCGUGUGACGGCUGUGAUACAGGAUAAUUACUUCCAUAUAUUUGGGUUACAUGAUUGUGUUGCAGCCUUGCAGGUUUUUUUGUGCUUAAGUCCAACUAUGGCUACCAGAAUGGUUGCUAGAUACAUGUCUAGAAGGUUCUCAAGUGGUGGGAAAGUACUAAGUGAGGAGGAAAAAGCUGCUGAAAAUGUUUACAUCAAGAAAACUGAGAAAGAGAAAUUGGAGAAACUUGCACGCAAGGGACCGAAACCAGAGGAGAAACCAGCUGUUGGUUCAGGGGGUUCUGUGACUGAUGCUAAGCCUAGUAGCUCUACAUCAACAUCAAGAGCUUCAUCGACCGAGAAAGUAUCGACCGAUAAGUAUCAAAACUAUGCAGUUCUUACUGGUGUUGUAACCUUUGCAAGUGCUUUGGGAUGGUAUAUGAUAUCUGCAGAUAAGAAGAAAGAAACCCAGGACUGAGGUUAACACGAAACCGAUCGGAUUUUAGAACCAAAACAUGGCACGGAUAGUUGAAAAUAAACCAAACUUUUUUGAGACGAGUUGGUUAUGUUCCUUCGAUGGCAUAAAUAUUACAAUUUCAUGCAUUUUUUCUGGGAUUUAUAUGCAUCGCACUUGACCUUGAGUAUAGGACACUUGAAGGGUUCUACCCGCAGUUGAGGUUAAUUGUAUCAUAUAUCCUCAAACUAUGAUUCAAAUUUUAAAUUGGUUCUUGAACUUUGAAAUGUUAUAGUUAAGUCCUUAAAAGUACUAAUUUCAUAUCAA